UGUAAUAUGUCAAAGCUGGAGAAAUCCUACUGAACGGAUUUGAUCCUUGCACCCCCCAAACAGACCAGCUCGGCCCUAUCACAGAGGCUGCACGGGGGUUGGAGUCCUGGAGUGUUGUAUAUUCGUUCCUGAAUCCACAGUUUCAAGAGUCAUGUGGUACGUACCGUAGAAGAUUGCCGUGCCGUCGAAACUCGGCCGUUCUUGGAAGUGAUGAUUCACUGCGAAACUACCGAACGUUGAACAUGUCUGGUACGCUCUGCUGUGGUACGGGAAUUGGGUGGUCUAUUUGAUACGUACUAAAGAGCGUGGGUAGACUUGUUCUUCGACUACCAUCGCAUAGCUUAUUUCUACCUACCACCGUUCAUUUCUAGACAAUUCGCUCUGGCAGCACACAGUUAUCAAGAGCAUUGAUUGCUUCUAUUUCAUUAAUCAUCUAUUACGACUCUCUUCUUUUGAUAAACAUCACUAUGGAGCACAAAGGCGUCUUUCGCAAUAUAUGUCAAGGCGACGGAAAGGGAGCUUACGUCGUCGCACGAGGGCACUCAUAUUGUCCAUACGAAUCCGCCUCCGCGCCAGAGAGUCCACGAACACCGCGAACCUCCAACAGCCAAUUCACAGACAAAGACAGCACACUCUACGAAGAAUCAGUCUACGAAUGCGAGCGAAGAUGUCCAGCCAGACGAGCACCAACGAUCGUCGUGCACGCAAUCGUCUUCCUCGCCUACUCAACACUACUAACAGUCCUAGUAAUGGCAGCAAUGAGCAAACCAGACUGCGAACAAUGCAUAAUGUACAACUCACCAGCAAAGAACCUAGUAAACUACAAGCUCCAAUCCACCUCGCAAUACGACCUCGCAACAGACAUCUACGCCGGCCACCCCCGCCCCGAACUCGAAGCAGCAUGGUCCAUCCUCCUCGAGCCCACCAACCUCCGCCUCACCGAAUCCGAAGUCCACGCCGUAAACCGCCUCGACAACGCCAUCGCCCUCCCCGACGGCGGCUACGCCGGCUCCCUCAACAUCUUCCACGAACUCCACUGCGUCGACGCCAUCCAGCGCUGGCUCCACACACAACUAUAUGCUUCCACGUACUUUCCGCAUCUCAACGAGACGGAUAGGGCUCGACAGCGGUUUCGCACGGAACAGUGCCUUACUAGUCUUCGGAAGGCGGCACUUUGCCAUGCGGAUGUUGGCGUGGUGACGUAUAAUUGGGAUGGGGAGGCGGGGGGGCCGAGGGCGCGGGCGGAGUAUCAGUGUGCGGAUAUGGGGCCUUUGUUGGAGUGGGCGGAGGGGCGGAGGGUGGAGGUGGAGGGGGUUGGGGAGGGGGAUGGGGGGUAUUCGGUGCUUGGUGAAGUUGUGACUUCCUCUGGCGAGGAGGGUUUGAGGCAGCUGAUGCAGGAGGGUCUAGGGGUGGUGAGGAAGGGUGUGAGUAUUAUGAGCUAUCAUCAUACAAGACAUACGAUCCCAGCACGCCAGGCUCAAAAGCACGAAGCAGGAGAGCUAGGAACGAUGGCAUAUGACGAGCCCGAUGAUAUCGUUGAUUAUGGGAUGGACAGCGAGGAUGACGGAGCGUCGGGAAUCCAAUACAUUGGCGAAGUGCCAGAGUCAGAUAUCGAACCUGGCCAUGAAGUAAGCCAUCGAGUUCCUUCGUCCUUGAACCAAGCUGCCCAACUUCCUGGAGACUGGCAUGGGGAUGACAUAGAGCCGACAAUCCAAUCCAUUGGCGAAGCGCCAGAGUCAGAUUUCGAACUUGGCCACGAAGAAAGCGAUCAAAUUAUCUCGUCUAGGAGCCCGGACGCCCAAGGUCAUGUAGACUGGUUUGGGGAUGACUACCGUCAUCAAGCUCGAUCCGACCCGCAAGAAGGAUAUACUUUGAUCGGACAAGCCGGACCUGGCCAUCAAGAAACCCAUCCAAUUCUCUCGCUUGGGAAUCCAGACCCCCAGGGUCCUGUAGAAUGCCGUGGGGAUGACCACCGCAAUAAAGAUCCAUUCUACCAGCAAGAAGGAUAUUCUUCGAUCGGACAAGCCGGACCUGGCCAUCAAGAAACCCAUCCAAUUCUCCCGCCUGGGAACCAAGAGCCCCAAAGUCCUGGACCUGGGGUUCC